AGUUUCCCUUCCGCUCACAUCUGCCUCAGCUUGAGCAGCGGAGGAGGCGGCCGGCGGCACUGCUGGAGCUGCUCCAGGCAUGCAGAUCCCACAGGCACCCUGGCCGGUCGUCUGGGCGGUGCUACAACUGGGCUGGCGGCCAGGAUGGUUCUUAGAAUCCCCGGACAGGCCCUGGAACCCCCCCACCUUCUCCCCAGCCCUGCUCCUGGUGACCGAAGGAGACAACGCCACCUUCACCUGCAGCUUCUCCAACGCCUCGGAGAGCUUCGUGCUGAACUGGUACCGCAUGAGCCCCAGCAACCAGACGGACAAGCUGGCUGCCUUCCCCGAGGACCGCAGCCAGCCCGGCCGGGACUGCCGCUUCCGCGUCACACAACUGCCCAACGGGCGCGACUUCCACAUGAGCGUGGUCAGGGCCCGGCGCAACGACAGCGGCACCUACCUCUGCGGGGCCAUCUCCCUGGCCCCCAAGGCGCAGAUCAAAGAGAGCCUGCGGGCAGAGCUCAGGGUGACAGAGAGAAGGGCAGAAGUGCCCACAGCCCACCCCAGCCCCUCACCCAGGCCAGCUGGCCAGUUCCAAGCCCUGGUGGUCGGUGUCGUGGGCGGCCUGCUGGGCAGCCUGGUGCUGCUAGUCUGGGUCCUGGCUGUCAUCUGCUCCCGGGCUGCACAAGGGACCAUAGAAGCCAGGCGCACCGGCCAGCCCCUGAAGGAGGACCCCUCGGCCGUGCCUGUGUUCUCUGUGGACUAUGGGGAGCUGGAUUUCCAGUGGCGAGAGAAGACCCCGGAGCCCCCGGCACCCUGUGUCCCUGAGCAGACGGAGUACGCCACCAUCGUCUUUCCUAGUGGGCUGGGCACCUCGUCCCCGGCCCGCAGGGGCUCAGCCGACGGCCCUCGGAGUCCCCGGCCACUGAGGCCUGAGGAUGGACACUGCUCUUGGCCCCUCUGACCGGCUUCCUUGGCCACUGGUGUUCUGCAGACCCUCCACCAUGAGCCCAGGUCAGCUCCUUCCCUCAGGAGAAGCAG